AUGUCGUGGCUGCGACUCGAUCCCACGCCACGCGUCGUUCUGCUUGGCACGCACCCCUCGUUAGCGUCGGUGGCGGCGGAGUUUCCGAACCACGUGAGCGUGGAUGCUGACGUGGACACGAAUCUCGAAGGCACACCGUUGCUGAAUUCCGUCCUCGCGCGCAUCCAGGCCUUCGGCGCGGCGUCGUCUGACGCCGCGUCGCCCCACUGUGACUUAGCCAUGCUAGUGGAUCCGGACGUGCUCCUAUUUAACGACGUCAUAUUCGCGGCGCGACGACUCGCGUCGCGAUUUUCUUCUUUCGUCAUGCUCUCGGCUCCCUGGGAUGUCCACACCUUCCGCUUCUCGCUCGACCAACUCCCUCCGCACAUCCACCCUUCGUCCUCCGCGAAAGCCGGCGCUGUUCCCUACCGUUCCUCAGCUGCAUCUCGCGACAGGUUCCCCACCCACGUUGCUGCUCCCGCCCCGUCCAGCGGCUCCACCCGACGCCGCCGAUCUGCACCGGUUUGGGACAGCCCGGAUCAGGCGGACUCUGGCGAGGUCAACGAGCAGGAGAUUCGUGACUACGUCCGCCAACGCGGGCAGCUGAACGUGGCGGCAGGUGCGACCGUCCUCAUGUGGAACCGGCCCGCGGCGCCGCUUCUCCAUCCCAGCGUCGCCAUCCCGCCCUUCUUCCUCGGCCGCGGAAGCUACCUUCGCUGGCUCGUUGCGCGCGCCGCUGGCUCCCUCUCCGCCACCGCCGCCAACGGUACUAACGGUAACGGUGACGGUAACGUUACGGCGCAAGUUGGGCGCGCUGCGACGGAACUGGAGGCGGCUGACGAGGCUGGCGUUCCGGCGGCGGCGUGGCGGGAUGACCCAGAGUCGCGAUUCGCAGUGGAUGCGACGGAUGCGGUAACGGCGGUUCGCGUGUUCUCCGCGUUGGACGCGCAGCGCGAGGCGCAACUCGCCGUCGAGAAACGUCGCGGCGAAACCGGCGGCGUCGCCGAAAAUAGCGUCGGAAAUGGCGGCCGCCGGAAGAAGGCUGGAUUCGUUUCGAGGCUCGCGCGCUCGAUUUCGCCGCGGCAGGCUCCGCAGAGGCGGAGGCUUCUAGGCGGGGCGGAGAGCGCGCAAGCGGGGAGAUCGCACCACAGCAGCGGAGGGUUACUAUCCGGCGAGUCGUUCUCGUUCGGGCAGGGAGCUCUGUGGCAGCCGCUGCCCGGGAAAAACGCGAAGCGGUGGGAGGUGUACGCGAAUGCGCACAUGGCGCGAAUUCAGCGGCUCGCUGGAGGUUUUAGCAUCGAAGGUGGUUCUUUGAGCCACGCGCCGUGGCGACUCGCUCCCUGCUUCGUGCCUGGAGGUGAAUCCAUGUGUCUUAUGCGACGUCGCCGACCUGGUAACUGCUCGUGCGAACAUACGCCGUUCGCAGGCAGGUCUACGGGCGACACGAGACCGUACGAUGCGAACUGGUUAUCGUGCGGCGAGACAGGGAUGGAGCAGAAUCUUGACGCGGAUUUUCUCCGGGACUUGCGGUCAGGACCUCACGGCGCGGAUCCCAGUCUAUCCUCACUAGAAGAUGAAUUCGCUCUAGGAUUAGAAGACAUGGGUGGGCUUCGCUUGCCAUCUUCAAUCCAAACCGAGCCAACCGUGGCGAAAAGUAAUUCGCUGACUGCAGCUGUCGCCGAAGCUGCACUUUCUGCUAGGAAUGGUACGAAGCCCUCAACAAAAGGAAAGAAGUCCUUAUCGUCGGAGAAGAAGCAAGCUGAAGCGCGUACAACCGCCCAAGUGGCGUUCUGGAGGGGUACCGAGGGCUUGCCGCAUUCACUGGAGCAGCUGCUGCCGAUUGUUGCGAGCGAGCAGCAAGCGGUCAUCUUAUUGGCAGCUUCGUUUGAAGACAGGGAGGCUGCUAUGAACAGUAUUUGCAGAUUGCGCAACCUUGGGAUGGCCAACUACAUUUUGGCCGCUUUGGAUGCGCGCAUGUAUGCGUAUGCCUUCCUGCAAGGCAUUCCCGUGUUCAUGCAUAAAGCAUCGGUCUCAAAUCAAUCCGCGAAUCCUCCUACUGCUGCUUUUGUCGCACCAUCAUCCAACGACACGUCAUCUGCUUCCCUAUUGGCUGCGGUUGCCCCAGUCCUAAUGAUGCAGAUUCUCCGCCUGGGCUACUCCGUCCUGUGGGCUGACGUCCACACAGUCUGGUUCUCCAACCCCCUCCCAUACCUCCUCUCGCUAGACUCCAACACUCUAGCCGUGCAAAGCAUGUCAUCUGACAUGCAUCACGCACCCAACUCUGCUCGGACCAUAGGUGCUGGGGUCUUGUUUGCCCGGCCGUCGCACCUAUCCCUCAAGGCGUUGGCCUCGGUGGUGGCUUAUAUGGCUGCAGUGAGAGCGGAGGCAGGCGAGGAGGGAGGGAUUGGGGGAGGGAGUGGGGCGGAGGGCGAGGAUGAAGUGGAGGAAUACAGGGCGUUUCACGAUGUGCUAUGCGGAGAGGGCGGCAGACUCAAGGCUGGCAAGGACUUGUGCCGGUGGAACAAUGGCUUUAAGGUAGUCUUCCUAGACAGAGGGCUCUUCCCUACUGGCAGCAUCAAGGGCAUCUGGGAUACUCCUCCGAGCCUGGGAGGCUUGGGCCGGACCUGCGAGAAGCUUGGGUGCAUUGCGGUGCAGAACAGUGGGAUUGUUGGGCGAGCAAGCAGGGCGGAAAGGCUGCAUGCGCAUGGGCUUAGGGCGUAUGAUUCCAGGAGGCGCAUGUGCAUUCGUAGCUGGGGGGUGGUGGAGCAGCGAGAGGAGCAGGCUCAAAGACACUUCAUGAGGAGGUAA